CCCAUGUCUUGUCGCGGAAGCUCCUGUGCUACGAAGAAGCUCCAAACAGAGGCAAAAAAGCUCCUCCCGAGAGAAGAAUGCAAAAAUGCUUCAUCAGAGAUCAAACGUGUGGUCCUACUAAGAACGGCAAAUAAAUCAAAUUCUGGUAAAGGAAAACAAGGUCAGAAAGGAAAAGGUCUCUUCUAAUUUCAAACUCAAAUCGGUUUCCGUGGCCAGCAUGGACCACUGCAUGCAGCAUAAUGAUAAUUGAUUUUACAACCUUAGACCCAAUUCAAUAAUAUUACGUUGCAGGCACUGUUGCGUUAGCAUUAUUGAGCCUCUUGGUCGCUAAGCAUUUUCAUUUUUGAAAUUUUUGAAAAUUUGUUGUCAACAUCUUCUUUGGAGGUGCGACCAAUUAUCCGGAUCCCUUAAUAUGGCAAGUAGUUCCACAGCCUGCUUCCUCAAGUAGUCCAAAAUAAAUCUAGAGGUGGUUAGUAGAAGUACAACCAGGAACGACCAACAAGGAAAAGAGACCUGAUGAUGAUCACACUGUAGUAUGAUGAAAAAGUGUAUGUUUAUGUUGUAUUGAGUAAAUGUAAAUCUGGACAAUCAUCCUUCUUUAAAUUCUAUCAAGAAGUAGUUUUGAACAGCCUCAAAAAUGGCACAACUCUGGGACGAUUUCGAUGCCGGCUUUGGAGAGGCAACCUCGGGUGGUGGUGCAACUUUAGACGGCUUCAAUUCGUGCAACGACUUCGCAUCUGUGCAAGGCGGAGCUGAAACGGCUUCACAAGCUGGCUCGCAACUAGACUCAUUUUUCGAUGAUGCAUUUGGUGGUGGUUCAGCUGCACCGGAAGUGCCUAGUGUGCCACAGUCCACUGCUAGCACAACCACCGUAGGAGGAGGAGACGCAGCCGCAGCCUUGGAGAAAGUGCAAAGUUUGGAGCAAACGGUGCAACCCUCUUUUUUGGUGAUGCUGUGAGUGUUUCGUUAGGGAGGUGGAUAGACUUUUACUCUCGAUUGACCCAUAUCUUCCAUUCGAUGAUUUUGUCCUAUUUUCCAACAUUCAAGUUGUUGAAACAUCUUCUUUUAUACACCCUCAAGUUGAAGCAUCAUUUUUUUUCCAACCUUAUAAUAGAAGCAGAGUAUUUUUGAACACUCACUCCAUGGUCUGAUUUUUUGUUUUUACCUAAAUAUAGGUCUCCUCCCUCCGUCGCGAACUCUCCGUCGCGCAGUCAGAGCUUUCGACAGCUCAAUCCGGCAAAAAUGAGGCUGAAGCGACUCUCCGAGAAGAGCGAAGUAGAUCCGCGUCCGAGGUCGAGCAAAUCAAAGAAAAAGCACGUAGUCUUUUAAGGCUUCCCCUAAUCCAUCUCCAGAAGCAUCUCAGGGCUGUUGCGUAAGGGGAAAACGGCUUCAAGAUGAUUCUCAAGAUGGAUCAGGGAGAAGGUGCGCUCUAAGUCUUCUAUCGGAAAAACAAGCGGAGUUGGAGCAAGCCAAAGCGUCUUCAGUAGCUGGUAGUGGAGAAAAUCAAACCUCAAACGCUGGCGCAUCCUCGGAAGAGCUAGAAAGAGUAGAGAAAGAGUGGUCGCAAAAGCUCGAGGACCUCAAAGAGAAAGCUAGGGAGAAAUUUAAGGCACAAAAUGACGAGAUGGAGCUUGUGAAGUCCAAGGCUAGAGAAGCCUUGGAGACGAGGAAUGCGAAGAUUCAAGAAUUGGAGCAGAGCCUAGAAAAGAGUGCUGGUACCAGUAGGACUGAAUUUACCGAUUUAUUUUUGAUUCUCCUUUGUACGCGUACGCCAUGACAUUUUUGUUGCUACAGGAGUACAACUAUCUAACUAUGUUUUUUCGUCUGAGUAGUCUCAUGAUCUUGUUCACCAAUUAAAUUACUUAUACAUUCACAGAUCACUCCUGUACAUCACAAUCACUCUGACCCCUCUUCAGCUCCUCCAGCCAGCACCGGUGUUGAUGAAUCCGUGGUCGCAGAUCGGAUUGCUGCGGCAGUAGCAGAGGCAAAGCAGGAAGCCGCUAGUCUCGCCGAUCAGCUUAGAUUAGAGAAGGAAGUUCUUAUGGAGUCGAUGAUACACAUACAGUCGAUGUCGAUGAUACACCAAGAAUAAAUUUAGAUGAUGAUCAGCUCCUGUUUCAUCUUGUAGGCUACAACAUGAUGAACUUCAUCUCGCUAGAAGUUGUACACCUUGUUAUAAUUAUCUUCCUGGUGAUGUUGAGGCCAAAAAUGUCUUCUAAUCGGCGAGGGAUUACCCUUCGUCAUACACAACCACCAUUCCCCACCGUUCAUGUUGUCUUCAGUUAAACUCCGUAGUUCCCCUCUUGUCUUCAGUUAUACAUCCCCCUCUUCUAAUCGGCGAGCCGCCGCAGCGAAAGGAUUAUCCUCUUCCAGUACAACCGUUGCUGACUCAGAAGAAGAACAAGAGCAACUAAAACGGCAACUCGAAGAAGUCAAGGACAAGGCCCGAACUCGCAUCCAAGAUUACGGCGACCACAACUACUAAAUCUAUCAAACACUACUAUAACAGAGUAGUUUAUCGCACGCAUGGAGUAGCAUGGAGUGCAGAGCUUUAAGGGGCGCAAGAAGCUCCCCCUUUAGCUCCGUGCUACUCCAUGCCAUGCGAGCUGUGAAACCUUACAAAUUGCUCUGCUAUAAAUAUCUAUCAAAAUCAUCACAUGAUCUUUCUUACGAAUCCUGAGACCGUUUAAUUCAGGAUGCUUGGUAGUGUAGCUCUAUAGUUGAAGAAAGACCUCUAGGGUCGUUUUGAAGGGGGAAAAGGUUCCAGGAUGCGCGCGAAGAUGGAUUCAUCCUUUUAGUUCUAACAAGAACAGUCAGACGAACUCGAACAGGUGAAACAGAAGGCGAGAGAACGCAUUGAGGCGGAUGGAGCUGAAAUAAACCGGUUACAGGACGAAUUGUUAAAGGCAACCAACAAAGCGACGGAGGCAGAACAAGCUGCGGCGGAAGCAAGUAGCGCCUCGACUAGUAGUGUGGCGGCGUCUGAGGUGGAAUUGGCGGAUACGAAAGCGUCGUUGAAGACGGCUGAAAGCGAACUGGAAAAUAGUCGAUCGAAAAUAGCGGAUUUGGAGAGCAAAACUGCUGCUCUGGAGAGCAAAACUGCAGCAUUAGAGUCAGAGCGCGCAGCACUGGAGUCACAGCAAUCCAGUGGACUUGACGCUGCGAUGGAGGAGCAACGGCAACUAACGACGAGACUAGAAUCCGAAAAGGCACAAUUAGAGUCAGAGAAAGCACAAGCAGAAUCUGAGCUCAACGACGUCAAAGAGCGUGCCAGAAGUAAGGUCAUGGAGCUAAACGACGAGCUCGAGCUUGUGAAGCAGAAGGCACGAGAAGCUUUGGAAUCAAGAGGAGAAGCGCUAGAACAAGUUAACAGAGAAAAAGACGACCUAGUGAAGGAGAAGGACGGCUUAGUAGAGGAACUAAAAAAGUCCAGAGCAGAGCUAGCUGAUAUCGAAGCUGCAGGUAGCGGUAAAGCAGAAGAAGCAUUGGCAUCUGCGAGUGAGCGGGUGAGGGAGGCAGAGGAGCAAGCGAGUCUGAGAGUCCGCGAAGCGGAGGAAAAAGCUUCAUCUCGCAUCAGAGAAGUGGAGGAAUCCUUCGCAUCCAAACUAAGAGAAGCCGAGCAAAACCUGGAAGAGAUCACCGGUGCCAAGAUGGAGGUCGAGUCCAAACUCCAGCAAGCGGAGACCAGAAUACACGACGUGGAAGUUGGUGCGGAAGCAAAACUAAGAGAUGCUGAAGCCAGAUUGAGAGAAGCCGAGUCGACGGGUUCGGAGAAAGCAGCAGAGACUGAGAGACAGCUCCAGCAUCGUGUGACAGAGUUGUCUGACCAGAUGGAAGAAUUGAAGUCGAAAGCGAGGGAGAGGAUAGAAGGACUCUCAAAUGAGAUCGAGGAGAUUAAGGUGCUUACCACUGAUCAUUAAUCUUGUAUUAAGGUGCUUACCACUGAUCAUUUUCAUUACUCCUGUAAGUAUUAAACUUUACUUGACUCCUGUAUUUAACUUUAGACUUCUAACAACUCGUAUUUCUUCAUGUUCCUCCAUGUCCAUCAUGUUGUCUUUUUGCCCCUUUACAAAUAUGUUCAUAUAUGCGAUGUUGAACAUCUUCAACAGUAGACAUCUGAAUCUUCCAAAAAAUUCCUCCAACGGCAACUACUAGUACAACUACUCCCCACCUGCUCUUCUCAGGGCAACUACAACUAGUACAACUACUUCCCACCUGCUCUUCUCAAAAACCUCCAGGUGAAAGCCCGGCAAGCAGUGGAAGAUGCCAGGCAAGCCGGAUCAGAAGAGCUCGCACCAGAGCUCGCUGAGACAAAACAAAGACUGGAAACUAGUGACGCAGAUCGCCAAAGACUAGAGGGAGAACUCGAAACUUUCAAAGAACGGGCGAGGGAAAUGGUGACUAAGUACAAAAACGAAAUAGAAGAGCUGCAGGGUCAAAUGCAGAGGAAAGCAGAUGCAGAGGUGCUCCUUUUAACUCUGUUUGAUUGAUGUGUUUGAAGACGAAUGUUGACAAUUUGAUUUGAACAUGAACUAUUUCUACUGCACUUGUAAUGCUAUUUAGUUUUGACGUUGUUGAUGCACAUUUUUCAAAACAACGAGCAUUCAAACCUCAGGAGCUCUCAUACCAAACAAAUAUCUGAUAUCAACAAUGCAUCAUGAUCUGCUCAGGCCGAGCUCGCAGCUUCCGAAGCACGUGCACAGGAAUCUGGGAGAGAGUUGGAGACAUUGAGGUCACGGUUAGUGGAGGCCGACCAAAAACUGAAACAGCAGAAUGCCCAUAUCAAAGAUCUAGAGUCUUUGUACAAGAUGCAGCAGCAGAAUCAGAAGAACGUAUGAUCUAGUGCUUGCUUUUUUGAUUUGACAUUGAUGAAAUGUGGAGAUCUCACGCUUCAAUCGCCCAACAAAUCAACUUCAAGUUGAAUUUCCUUUACAAAUGUGGAGAUAUCACGCUGGUCCAUGAUCUUCCUUCAAUCACCCAACAAAUCAAGUUGAAUUUCCUCUACAAUCUCUCCAACCAGGAACGAGAGCAGGAGCUAGAACUGUCUCGACUAUUGCAUGUAAUGCAUGACGAAUACUCAGAAUUGCCACCUCAGGAAGGCGGCGGGCAAUCAUCCUACCUUCAACAGCUAGCCAGAGUCGUCGAAGAUUCGGUGCAACUACAUCAGAGACAAGGUACAGCUGUGGUCUUACGAAUUCUUGCUUUAGUAGGUUUUUUCAUUCUAAGUUCGACUAAGUGGUUCAUUCAUUCUACUUGUUAUUCUCUCAAGAACAUGUAACGAGAAUUUUAUUCUUUCAUCUUCAUGCCCUUCCCAGUUCCCAACCCUCAAGAACUCUUCCCAACCGACCCUUCAAAAUGACAGUGGUCGAAUCCCGGCAAACCGCUAGUGCUCGCGAGCAGCUGAGACUCGAGAAUGUGAAGCUCACAAAGGAAGUGAAUCACCUUCAGAAAGAGCUAGCCGAAAGUGGCGUGGUUGCUACUAUGUCGAAAGUCGGGAAAGCGAUUAUGUCUCGCUGUCCUUCGCGCCAAGGUGGCAGCGGAUCUCUGAGCAAUGGCAGUGCCGGAAGCGGGAAUAUGUUGGUUAUGGAUCUGCUGGUUACUAGAUUGGUUUUUCAAACUACACGACCUCGUCUUUUCUUCACUGUAGAGGAGUGCUAGACAGCUAGUCCUAGUUUUUCCCAUGGUGGAUCAGGAAGAUGCUGUCUACAAGUUUUUGUAAAAUCAUGAUCAUUGGUAUUUAAUACCCCUGGACGGUUUUUGGUCUACUUCCUUCUACUAGAUUGGUUUUUCAAGAAACUACACGACCUCGUCUUUUCUUUACUGUAGAGGAGUGCUAGACAGCUAGUCCUAGUUUUUCCCAUGGUGGAUCAGGAAGAUGCUGUCUACAAGUUUUUGUAAAAUCAUCAUGAUCUUCAUGGUUGGUAUUUUUAGCCCCUGGACGGUUUUUGGUCUACUUCCUUCUCUAAUCCGCGCCGUGGAGCAGGAAGAGGUCGAGGUGGUGAUGCAGGAAGCUGGGUGCCGUCGUGGGGUGGUGAGGGGAGUCAUAAAAAACAUGACGGACUACCAAUCUCGAACUUCCACGAUACAAGAGAAGACUUGUGAGGAUAGUACCUCCAUGAAGAAUAUGUCUUCUUCUUGCCAUGAGGAUUUUCCAGAUGGAGGUGCUCUUUCUUAGUACUUCCAGGUACACUACUUUCACUUUCUCUGUACACUAAAGGAAGAAGCUCGAACGGACUACCAAUCUCGAACUUCCACGAUAUUGCUUCCUCGAGGAAGAAAGAACGUGGUCCACGACAUUUCUAUUUCAAAAAUGCUACAACAAAAACUUCAACAAGAAUCCAUCCAGCAGUGGGUAAUGUCCAUUAUGGAUCAAUGAGCCUCACAAGCACGACCAUAGCGAAUGAAUAUUAUUCAACUGACUUCUAGCAUAGUGUCACUUCACAAAAACGGCAUGCUGGUGCAACUACGAAACAUUGUCUUUGUCAUACGAGAACUUUUUAACUUCACGUACACGAUCAUGCUGGUUCAAAUGUCAUGACCUACGAAAUGAAAAUUUCGAUUUUCGAUCAUGCUUCGACAAAUAGUGGGCAUAAUAAAUCUUGUUUGCUUUCUUCGCAAAGUAGCAUAUUAUUGUCAAUGUCAUCGACGCUGAAUAUGAUUUUAUCAUUAUGAUCAGAGCAUAGAAGUCAUGAUCUUUUUAGAAGUUGCUAUGCAGGACGAGUCAUGUGAGCAUAAGUUUGACACAUCGACGUCAUUUACCCAGUACAGCGCAAUCCCCGACCCCGCAUUAGCAUCUUAGAGCUUUUUCCCGCCCGAGUAGAAAAUAUUUCCCAACCUCCAAAAAGGCAUCCGCUCUAAUUUGAUGUGCCACCUUCCUCUUAUACACAGACCACUUUAACAUGAUCACAGGUAGACUACGAAGCACCCUAUCUUCUGAAGAACAGGAAAUAAUUAAUGUCAAGGGGCAUUCUUGUCGCUCAAAAUAAAGAGCAGCUCAUCAGGAGAUCAGGAGUACAACACCA